UGAGAAGAAUUGAUUUCCGCCGUUUGCAUUGCAGCAUUCUCUUCUGUUCAUGUUCCGUUGAUGCUUGAAUCCUCAGGGGAAUAACCUCGUCUGCACUUCAUAUUAUUUCCUCACUCGCCUACCUGAGCACCUACGUGCUCAAGAACCGAGUUAUUUGUAUCCGUCGGAUGGGUUUUCCGUACUUAUUCGGUUGCUUCUGAACGAUCCUUGGCUACUAGACUCUGGAGCUAGAUGGUACUCUGUUUUGAUGAGCUGCAUAAAUUGAGGGUUAGUGCAAGAUUGCGAUUGCAUCUGCACGUAGGUCUUCAGUUGUGAACCCUACUUCAAACUCUUUGCUUGCUGCGAUAGGGUAUCAUGCAAUUGUAAUAGGAUUUCCCGAAACAUUUUAUUAUCCUUGGUUUGUGGGAAGUUUUAAACGCAAAAACUACGAGAUUUCGAAAACUAUAGAUUAGCUGAACAUCCCUGCAUGAGUAGAGCUCUCCUCUUUUACCAGUGACUCAAGUACUCCCCUAGCGUCACUCGUUUUUUGAAAGAUUAUUUUUUUUGCGAUUUUACGCGUCUGUUUAUUUGUUGGUUAUUUUUAUUUUUAUUUUAUAUUAUUUUUGAAAUCGGACCGCCAUAAUCUGACUUUUGCUACACAUCGAGAUUAAACAUGUCUGAGACCACAGUGCUUAAAGUGCUUCUGCAUUGUGAUGGGUGCGUCACAAAAGUGAAACGAUACAUUCGACGUUUGGAGGGUAAGCUGGAUUGUUAGUUUCGAUCAGCUUUGAAAUAAUUGUUCGAACUACCUGUAACGGGUAUGAUUAGUCAUGCUGCCGCGAAAUGUGUUCAUUCUUACUUCGUUGAUUCCUCCGGCCACCUUCCUGCGUGUAUCAUCGUGCCUGCAGGUGUGAAAUCCUUUCAUGUGGACAGGGAGAAUUCCAAGGUGACCGUCAUUGGUAAAGUGAAACCCCAAGUCGUCCUGGAUCAAGUUCUGAGUGCAGGGAAGACGGCAGAAUUUUGGCCUAAACAAAGGAUUGACGAAGUUGGGUCAGGUGAUAAAAUACCCUUCAACCUCACCGCUGUGGAAGGAAAGAAGAAUACGUCCGAAGACCCAGUCGAAACCGGUUCAAAGAGACCCGCCGGAUUAGGAAGCCAAGGAUCUGCUAAUGGAUCCAACGGGGGUAACAGCGCUAUCGUGGACGAGGCGGACAUUCCUGAAUUAGAAACUGCACAUGAUCUGGAGAAAAAAAUGCUGGUGGGCAAGUCACCUUUGAAGAAGAGUAGUUGGGCGAUGAGGAAACCUCUGCUCUAAAUUAGCCCUGGAAUCCCUGUCUGUGGAUCGGAGAGCUCUGCAAGUGCAAGGCCCACAUCUUGUGAUUCAGGCACAACAGAUAUUAAGCCCAUACAUGGCUGAAGAUUCUCCUCAUCCUCAACCUUCUCUUCUUCCGACGAGGUUCUAGAACCGAUCCCCCCAUGUCUUCCUUUCAGAUUAUCUACGCUGGUUUGUAACGUGAGCCAAACCAGUCUGUAAAAUACGGAAUGCUCCGUGUAAGGUUCCUGCAAUACUUAGACUAGAUGUGCAACAAGGUUCCUGCGUCUCUGACAGUUUUAGAAAGUUGCUGCAGCAUGUAAUUUUGCUCUGGGACUUCGAAUUUGUUCUGUGUCUCUUAACUAGGAGAAUUUUCUGAGACUAGUUUGCCGAAGGCCAAUACGUGACUUUUCUCAUGCCGGUGCAUUGAAUUUUCUUUUUUUGCAUUUUCUAUUGA